AUGGCCACUGUCAUUCCUGGUGAUUUGUCAGAAGUAAGAGAUACCCAGAAAGUCCCUUCAGGGAAACGUAAGCGUGGUGAAACCAAACCAAGAAAAAACUUUCCUUGCCAACUGUGUGACAAGGCCUUUAACAGUGUUGAGAAAUUAAAGGUUCAUUCAUACUCUCACACAGGAGAGAGGCCCUACAAGUGCACGCAACAAGACUGCACCAAGGCCUUUGUUUCUAAGUACAAAUUACUAAGGCAUAUGGCUACUCAUUCUCCUGAGAAAACCCACAAGUGUAAUUAUUGUGAGAAAAUGUUUCACCGAAAAGAUCAUCUAAAGAAUCACCUACAUACACACAACCCCAACAAAGAGGCGUUUAAGUGUGAAGAGUGUGGCAAGAACUAUAAUACCAAGCUUGGGUUUAAACGUCACUUGGCCUUGCAUGCUGCAACAAGUGGUGACCUUACCUGUAAAGUAUGUUUGCAGACUUUUGAAAGCACAGGGGUGCUUUUGGAGCACCUCAAAACUCACGCAGGCAAGUCUUCUGGUGGGGUAAAAGAAAAAAAGCACCAGUGUGAACACUGUGAUCGCCGAUUCUAUACCCGUAAGGACGUCCGUAGACAUAUGGUAGUGCACACUGGGAGAAAGGACUUCCUUUGUCAGUACUGUGCACAAAGAUUUGGACGGAAAGAUCAUUUAACUCGUCAUAUGAAAAAGAGUCACAAUCAAGAACUUUUGAAGGUCAAAACAGAACCAAUGGACCUUCUAGAUCCCUUUACCUGCAACGUUUCUGUGCCUAUAAAAGACGAGCUGCUUCCAGUGAUGUCUUUACCUUCUAGUGAACUAACAUCAAAGCCAUUUACAAACACUUUGCAAUUAAACCUUUAUAAUACACAAAUUCAGUCCAUGCAGAGUUCUGGACCAGCACACCAAAUGGUCGCCACAUCAUUACCUUUGGGAAUGACAUGCCCAAUUGAUAUGGAAUCUGUUCACCCUUCUCACCAUCUGUCUUUGAAAUAUCCACUCAGUUCUACCUCAUAUGCAAUUUCUAUGCCUGAAAAAGAACAGCCAUUAAAAGGGGAAAUUGAGAGUUACCUAAUGGAGUUACAAAGUGGUAUGCCUUCCUCAUCCCAGGAUUCUCAAGCAUCUUCAUCUAAACUAGGCUUGGAGCCUCAAGUAGGACCCCUAGAUGAUGGAUCUGGGGAACUGUCCUUAUCCAAAAGCUCCAUUUCCAUUAGUGAAUCUCUAAACCCAUCAUCUUUGGAUUUUUCCCAGUUGUUCAAUUUCAUACCUGUAAAUGGUCCACCCUAUAAUCCUUCUGUAUCAGUGGGAAAUCUUGGACUGAGCUAUUCCCAAGAGGAGGCACAUUCUUCUUUGGCUCAGCUUCCACCACAGACCCAGGAUCCUCAAGAUCCUGCAAACAGUAUAGGCCUCGGUUCUCUGCACUCCCUGUCAGCAGCCUUCACAAGCAGUCUAAGCACAACCACCACCCUACCACGCUUUCACCAAGCUUUCCAAUAG